AAAUGUUGGCUCUAUUCCUUGGCUUUGCAGUUUUAGGUUCAGUGAUUGUAAAUGGAAGGGCUGAAGCUGAUUCUAAACCAUAUUUGUAUAAUCAAUUUAUUUCGCCCGGCUUCAGUCCUCCGCCGUUAUUCCAAGCUGAAAGGUUUACAUCUUCAAAUCAAGCAAUCUCUACCUACCAGCAAGUUAAUCAACCACCCUGGAUUUAUCAGUCCAAUUAUAAUCAACCGUUUCAGCAACAACCAACUUCAGUUUAUCCCCAAAUAUCUCCGUAUGGCUCAAGAGCUAAGAGAGGGAAUACAUUUUCCCGCAUAUCAAGUGAGGCGGAGAGAAGAGGUUUAAACGAGCCAAUUUCUUAUCAAUCCUAUACACAAACACAGAAUAGGAUCCGACCCUGGGAACAUUUAAAUACGAUCAUCACUCCAUACUAUCCUAACACCCAGUAUCCAGCCCUUAGCGACCAGUAUCCUACUCUUAGCAACAAAUACCCUACCCUUAGCAACCAAUACACUUCCACUAGCAACCAGUAUCCCACCCUUAGCAACCAGUAUCCCACCCUUAGCAACCAGUAUCCUACCCUUAGCAACCAGUAUUCUACCACUGGCAACCAGUAUCCCACCCUUAGAAACCAGUAUCCCACCCUUAGCAACCAGUAUUCUACCACUAGUAACCAGUAUUCUACCACUAGCAACCAGUACCCUUCCACUAGCAACCAGCAUCCUACAUCCACCAAGAAUUAUAAAAAAAUUGAGUUUUUUAAAGUUGUCACCAAUCCACUUCCAAGAAAAUUAAAUAAAAGGGAACACCUAAAUGAUAAUAAGGAUAAUCAUACCCCAAGCAGUCAGAUUUCCACCUUAAGCAGCCACAAUUAUACCCCAAGCAGCCAGAAUUCCACCUCAAGCAGUCAGAAUUCCACCCCCAGCAGCAAGGAAAAACUUGAACUUUUUAAAGUGGUAACCAAUCCACUUCCGAGAAAAUCAAACAAAAAUGAAGAACAUUCUGUGCAAGAGGAAAAACCAGCCUGGCAAGGACAGAUUGGAGGUCGUUCUGCUACUAGAUGUCACACUGGAGAAAUUAAAGAGUUUCGUCAAAGAUGUGAUAAGAUAAUUGAUUGUCCGAAUGGCGAGGAUGAGUAUGGAUGUGAUUGGUUUAAGAAUACAAAUGUGAAAACUAUUCACAAUGUUCAGGACUUGAAUGCCUUGUUUACAAGCAGUAAUAAACCAGUUCUUCUAGAGUUCUUUGCCCCCUGGUGUCCAGCUUGUGUAGCUUUUCACCAACAUUUACAAACCAUUUACCAACAAAUUCAGUAUGAUGUUAAUGUUGGUAAAGUGAAUACGGAUGAAUCUCCGGAAUUAAAGAAAAUAUUCAAUAUUGCUCGAUAUCCCACGAUACUGCUUUGGACUAAAGGCAACCCUAUUCCCAGGGCUUACAACAAGCAGUGGGGGAUGCAGGCCGAUAAAAUUAUACCCUGGAUAUUCAAGCAACUAAACUAACAGAUAAAUAAUCCUAGAUAUUCAUCAUGAAUGUUCAUCUCUGUCUGCUAACUUUAAAAAGAAUUGUGAGCUGAGAAGAUUUUGUAUUUGUAUAUGAUGUUUCUAGAGCAAACCAAAUUGUUAAGAAGUUUGGAUUUUUUUGUUGUCAAAUUUUACAUGUUCUUUAUAGUUUAAAUAUUUCGAUGGAAAACAUUAUUUUACAUUGUUUUUAUCAUCAACUACAUAUGUUUAUGAGUUUAAUUUGAAAAAAAAGUUUUAAGUUCCAAUUAAAGAUUUAAUUAUAUAAAUCUUAAGGGACAACUUUCAUUUUAAAAUCAUCUUUUUGUAUUCAUUUAAAUAAACUAUUUUUUGAAGUUGUUCAAGUCCGGACAUAGAAAUGGUUGAAGUUUCUAGAAUUUGUAAAACUUAUGUAUUUUACAACUGAUUUUGAAUUCAAUACAAUUGUAGUCUAAGAAUGCUGAUUCAAAGGAGACAAACUCGUGUAGAAUAUUUGAAUUCUUGACACACACACACCCCCCCCCCCCUCACUCACACUCACACUUUAAGACGGUCCCAACCCACCCCCACAUGAUGAACAUGAGAAAAUAAUAUCAAGAAAGAGAACAAAUUUAUCAACUUUGUCAAAUCCUUUUUCUACCAGUAACAAAAAACAUUGCUGUAGCAAAUAAGAAGUAAUAUUUA